AAAGGACGGUGGGAUCUUGAGGAGACUGGUAGGUGGCCAAGUGAAAAUCUAGUAUACAGUGUAAAAUACCAUACAAAUUACCGCACUUGUGAACGGAGAAAAAGGAAGGUGGCGUUCCUUCGUCGGUGUUGGGUUUCUUAUGUUGUCUGCUGCUCUACUUCCCCGUGGUUUGUAUUUUGUGCAGUUCUUCCAUGGCUUCUGGGAGUUCAAUUACUGCACCUGAGGCCGUGCAGGUGCUGGUGUCGUUACUAGCCGAUGAUUCUUCCGCUGUCAGGGAGGCCUCCAUGGCCUCACUCAAAGACAUUGCUGCUCUGUCAUUAUCUCUCUACCUACACUAGUUUACUCAUUUAUUCCUCACGAAACUUAACUGAAUAUUGGGUCGAAUGUGUUUGCAGGGAUCCUCUUUUAGUUCUCGAGUGCUGUGCAGUGGUUUCACGAGGAGGACGUCGGCGAUUCGGAAACAUGGCUGUUGUUUUCCAAGUGAUGGCAUUUGGAGUUCGCUCUCUGGACGAAAGAGAAGUCGAUGAUUCUUUCAUGGCAAAGCUCGCUAAGAUUGCUACAGCUGAAAUGAUAUCCUCGAAGGAAAUCAAUUCGGAUUGGCAACGAGCUGCAUCUGGUCUACUUGUCGCAAUUGGUUCACAUUUGCCUGACCUAAUGAUGGAAGAAAUUUUUCUUCAUUUAUCUGGGCCGAAUUCAGCAUUACUCGCUAUGGUCCAACUACUUGCAAAAUUUGCUUCCACUGAUCCACUGCAGUUUAUCCCUCGAUGGAAAGGUGUCCUUUCACGAAUUCUGCCAAUUCUUGGAAAUGUGAGAGAUGCACAUCGGCCAAUUUUUGCCAAUGCAUUUAAGUGUUGGUGUCAAGCUGCUUGGCAAUAUAGUGUGGAUUUUCCUUCACAUUCACCCCUUGAUGGGGAUAUCAUGUCAUUUUUAAAUUCCGCAUUUGAGCUUUUUCUUAGAGUGUGGUCAGCUUCUCGGGAUCUAAAGGUUCGUGUGGCAUCUGUGGAAGCCUUGGGUCAGAUGGUUGGUCUCAUAUCACGUAACCAACUAAAGGCUGCUUUACCAAGGCUUAUUCCUACCAUAUUGGAUUUGUACAAAAAGGAUCAAGAUAUUGCUUUUCUGGCAACAUCCAGUCUUCACAGCCUCUUAACUGCCUCUCUUCUGUCUGAAAGUGGUCCUCCUAUGAUUGAUUUUGAGGACCUAGAACCUAUACUGUCCACACUUCUUAUGGUGAUAUGCAUCAAUACUGAUAGCAAAGGACAAGUAGGACUGAAGACAUAUAAUGAGGUUCAGCAUUGCUUUCUUUGGAUCGGCUUGGUGUAUCCAGAUGAUUUAUUUGUGUUCCUUGUAAAUAAAUGCAGGCUGAGGGAAGAGCCAUUGACCUUUAGUGCACUUUGUGUUCUGAAACACCUUUUGCCCAGGUUAUUGGAAGUUUGGCACAAUAAAAGGCCUCUGCUAGUUGAAGCUGUAAAAUCCUUGCUAGAUGAGCAGAAUUUAGGUGUCCAAAAGGCACUAUCAGAGUUGAUUGUGGUCAUGGCUUCACACUGUUACUUGGUUGGUUCGUCGGGUGAGUUGUUCAUUGAAUAUCUUGUGCGCCAUUGUGCUCUGACAGAUCAAAAUCAGAGUGAUAUUGACAACCGGCCAAAUAAGAAAGUUGAGCAGAUGAAAAUUAGUGCUGUGACUUCAGGGGACUUGAGAGCAAUUUGUGAGAAAGGGCUCCUUCUGAUAACUAUUACGAUUCCUGAAAUGGAGCACAUUCUUUGGCCUUUUCUGCUGAAAAUGAUUAUUCCACGGACCUAUACAAGUGCUGUUGCCAUGGUUUGCAGGUGUAUAUCUGAAUUGUGGCGGCAUAGGUCGCACAACAAUGAUAUGUUGAGUGAGUGUAAAAACAAUGCUGGUAUGCCGGCUGUUGAGGAUCUUUUUGCUCGUUUGGUGGUUCUUUUGCAUAAUCCUCUGGCAAGGGAGCAGUUGGCUACCCAUAUUUUGACUGCCAUAAAUGAGAUUAGGUUUGAAUUUCAAGUGAUGAACGAGCGGACCAGAAUCAAAACUCAACAUAUUCUGUAUCUUGUUUCUGUUUCACUAAGGGUUCUUUAUCAUCUUGCGCCUUUGUUUCCAAAAAACAUCGAUUUGUUGUGGCAAGAUGAGAUUCCAAAGAUGAAGGCAUAUGUUAGUGAUACAGAAGACUUGAAACAGGAUGCAUCGUAUCAAGACACUUGGGAUGACAUGAUAAUCAAUUUUCUUGCAGAAUCUUUGGAUGUGAUUCAGGAUUCAGAUUGGAUCAUGUCUCUUGGUAAUAUUUUUGCCAAACAUUAUGAACUUUAUGCAUCUGAUGAUGAACAUGCUGCUCUUCUUCACAGAUGCCUGGGAAUGCUUCUUCAAAAGGUUAAUGACAGAGCUUAUGUUCGUGAAAAGAUAGAUUGGAUGUAUAUACAGGCUGACAUUGCUAUUCCAGCAAAUAGGCUUGGGUUAGCAAAAGCAAUGGGAUUGGCUGCUGCUUCUCACUUGGAUACAGUGUUGGGGAAGCUAAAGGAUAUUCUGGAUAAUGUCGGCCAGAGCAUGCUUAAUAGGAUACUGUCAUUCUUCUCUGAUAGUUUUAGGACAGAAGACACCGAUGACAUACAUGCUGCUUUGGCUCUUAUGUAUGGAUAUGCUGCCAAGUAUGCCCCAUCAACGGUUAUUGAAGCCAGAAUAAAUGCCCUUAUUGGAACUAACAUGCUUUCAAGGCUUCUACAUGUGCGAAACCCCAGGUCCAAGCAGGCUGUCAUUACAGCAAUUGAUUUAUUAGGUAAUGCUGUUAUUAACGCUGCUGAGAGUGGCACACCAUUUCCAUUGAAAAGAAGGGAUCAAUUGCUUGGUUAUAUAUUAAUGUUGAUGGGUCGAGAUGACAAUGAUAACUUUGCUGAUUACAAUGAACUUUUACGUACUCAGGCCCUUGCUUUAAGUGCUUGCACUACAUUGGUCUCUGUAGAGCCCAAACUAACAGUGGAAACUAGAGAUCAUGUAAUGAAGGCCACGUUAGGGUUCUUUGCUGUACCAAAUGAUCCAGUAGAUGUUGUCAACACCCUCAUAGACAACCUGAUCACUCUUUUAUGUGCAAUGCUUCUCAGUAGUGGAGAGGAUGGAAGAAGUCGGGCAGAGCUUCUGUUACAUAUUUUGAGGCAAAUUGAUCAAUUUGUUUCUUCCCCCGUUGAGUAUCAAAGGAAAAGGGGGUGUCUUGCGGUCCAUGAGAUGCUUCUCAAGUUUCGGAUGGUUUGUGUGGGUGGGUAUUGUGCAGUUGGCUGCCGUGGGAUUUGCACACAUAAUAAGCAAAUUGACCAGACUCUAUAUGGGAACCACUCAAAGCUUCCAACUGCGUUUAUAUUGCCAAGCCGUGAAGCUUUAUGUGUAGGAGAUAGAGUAAUAAUGUAUCUUCCACGUUGUGUUGACCCAAAUUCGGAAGUUCGAAAAAUAUCUGCUCAAAUUCUUGAUCAACUCUUCAGCAUCUCUCUCUCUCUUCCACGGCCUGCAACUUCUUCUAUAACUUCUGAAGAUAUGGAAUCGUCAUAUGGUGCCUUGUCUUCGUUAGAGGAUGUUAUAGCCAUAUUAAGGAAUGAUACUUCCAUUGAUCCAUCUGAAGUCUUCAACAGGAUCUUGUCCUCACUCUGCAUCUUGUUGACCAAGGAUGAGUUGGUGGUUACACUGCAUAAUUGCUCUGUAGCUAUUUGUGACAAGGUCAAGCAGUCAGCUGAAGGAGCUAUUCAAGCUGUUAUUGAGUUCGUUACAAAGAGGGGGAAUGAGCUGAGUGAAAUUGAUAUAUCAAGGACGACCCAAUCACUGAUCUCUGCCACUGUUUAUGUAACUGAUAAGCAUUUACGUGUGGAAUCUCUUGGUGCUAUAUCUUCUAUGGCCGAAAACACUAGUCCAAAAAUUGUUUUUGAUGAAGUCCUGGCCACUGCUAAAAGGGAUAUAGUGACAAAGGAUAUAUCUAGGCUCCGUGGUGGCUGGCCCAUGCAGGAUGCAUUCUAUGCAUUUUCUCAGCACAUGGCGCUGUCAACAUCUUUUCUGGAGUAUGUGAUAUCUGUACUUAGCCAGGCUUCUAUCUUCAAAGGUGAGUUGGACAGUGCUGCCGAUAGCCAUGUUGUUGACAACCAGACAGAGGAUGGAAUGCUGCAGGCUGCAAUACUAGCUCUUACUGCUUUCUUCAGAGGAGGGGGAAAGAUCGGAAAAAGGGUUGUUGAACAAAACUAUGCCUCUGUUAUAUCUGAGCUAAUGCUGCAACUUGGAAGCUGUCAUGGUCUAGCUGACUCAGGUCAGCAGGAACCAUUACGGGGUCUGCUUACUGCGUUUCAAGCAUUCUGUGAAUGUGUCGGUGACCUUGAGAUGGGCAAGAUCUUGGCUAGAGAUGGAGAACUGUCUGAAAAAGAGAGUUGGGUUAAUCUCAUUGGAGACAUAGCUGGCUGCAUAUCCAUAAAGAGGCCAAAAGAGGUACAAAGUAUUUGUCUAUUUUUGACAAAAUCAUUGGAUCGGCCCCAUAAAUACCAUCGGGAAGCUGCAGCUGCCGCAUUGUCAGAAUUUAUUUGCUAUAGCGGCGGUGUUAAAUCAUUCUUAGAGCACAUGAUCGAGGUUUUAUGUCGCCAUGUAUUUGAUGAAUCUUCAACUGUUCGACGCUUAUGUUUGAGAGGGCUAGUAAAGAUUCCAUCAAUUAAUAUGCCGGUGUAUGCAACUCAAGUUUUAGGGGUCAUAUUAGCUCUGCUGGAUGAUUCAGACGAAUCUGUACAAUUAACUGCUGUAUCAUGCUUGCUGAUGGUCCUCGAGUCUUCGCCUAAUGAUGCAGUUGAGCCCAUUUUGCUUAAUCUUUCAGUACGGCUUCGAAAUCUCCAGGCAAGCAUGAAUGCAAAGAUGCGAGCUAGUUCUUUUGCAGCGUUUGGAGUGCUUAGCAAUUAUGGAAUGGGAGCACAAAGGGAGGCGUUUCUUGAGCAGGUACAUGCCGCCAUUCCUCAUGUUGUUUUGCAUCUGCAUGAUGAUGAUGUUAGUGUCAGGCAGGCCUGUCGGAUAACCCUGAAGCGGGUUUGCUCGCUGAUGGAAAGUGAAUGGUUGCUUGCACCAGUGAACACGCACAGUUUCCUUUCUGAUCACCGAAGUAACUAUGAGGACUUCCUCAGAGACAUUGCCAAACAUUUUAUCCAGUAUCUUUCCUCCAGAAUUGAUACAUAUAUGGCAUCAACAGUUCAGGCUUUUGAUGCCCCAUGGCCAAUAAUUCAAGCAAAUGCUGUAUACUUCUCCAGCUGCAUACUCUCUCUAUCGGACGACCCACAUGUCUUAACUCUCUACCACGCACAGGUAUUUGGGAUGCUGGUGGGUAAAAUGAGUCGAUCACCGGCUGAAGUUGUCAGAGCUACGUGUUCUGCUUCUCUGGGCUUGUUGCUAAAAUCCUCCAAUUCUUGUUCAUUGUUGUCAACGGCUCGGCUCCAUCGAGUGGACUCAGCACGGCGGAGCCAUGAUCAAGAGUCUACCGGGAGUUAGAGAGGCAUGGAUGAAUUGUCAAGAAUCAUGAUGGGCCUUCAACUCUAAUGAUAUUUACCCGAUGCAAGAGAUUGAUUCUGCUUAUUUGCAGCAAUCAUGUGAAGAUCCUCUGGGCAGCGUUGGCUAAUGUGCAUGGUGUAUGCAUACAUUAAUUUCUCGUAUCAUCUUUGUCUUAAUUAUUUUCGGUCCUUUGUUGUAAAGGACUUUUUUCAAACCCCCCCCCCCAAAAAAAACCACGAAAAAAAAUCUAAAAUUUACAUUAUUGCUGUGUGUGACCCCGUAGGUUGAGGCUGUGUUGUUGUACAUUAUCGCUGUACAGUGGGCUUGACGUACUAGAAGGAUGCAUAUAGACUUCGGUGCUUUUUGAAGGUGUUAAAUUCAACAUGCCUGGGAGAAAGAUUUGACGUGAAAA